GUGGAGGGAAACCGGCGGACGCUGAGCUACCCCCUGCCCAGCACACGCGAGCACACGCAUACACAUACACACACACACACACACACACACACACACACACACACACACACACACACACAUACACACACACCAGCGCGCGCGCGUCCUCACUGCCACUACCCGCCGGGAGGUGCAGAGAUGGGAGCAGCCCACUCGCUUCCAGUGCCCACACCUGUCUGAGCGCGCCCGGGCGCACGGAGCUGGGUCGGGGCGCAGGGAUGCGAGGCACUGGAGCAGUGCUCAGCAUGGCCGUCAUGCCAAGACUUCUCUUCUUCCUCCUUUGUGCCAUCAAGGAAGCAAUCCCUUACAGUGCUCACUGGAAGCCCACUUGGCCAGCUUACCGAGUCCCCAUCAUCUUGCCCCAAUCCACCCACAAUUUAGACAAGCCAGAGUUUGUUGCUGAAGCCAAAUUGGAAGUGUCAUCUUCCUGUGGGCCCCAAUGCCACAAGGGUUCACCUCUGCCAACAUAUGAAGAAGCCAAGCAAUACUUGUCUUAUGAAACACUCUAUGCCAAUGGCAGCCGCACAGAGACGGAGGUUGGCAUUUACGUACAGCGAACUGAGACAGAGUCCAGGGGCCGGUCUCGAAUGAAGCGGCAGAUUUAUGGUUAUGACAGCAGGUUCAGCAUCUUUGGCAAGGAUUUCUUGCUGAACUAUCCGUUCUCAACAUCUGUGAAGCUGUCAACUGGCUGCACUGGAACCCUGGUAGCUGAGAAACAUGUCCUCACCGCUGCCCACUGUGUCCAUGAUGGCAAAACCUACGUGAAGGGGGCCCAGAAACUUCGAGUGGGCUUCCUGAAGCCCAAGGUGAAAGAUAGCAGUCGGGCCACUAAUGUCUCUAACUCAGCCACCCCUGACAAGAUGAAAUUUCAAUGGAUUCGAGUAAAACGCACCCACGUCCCCAAGGGUUGGAUCAAAGGGAAUGCCAAUGACAUUGGAAUGGAUUAUGACUAUGCUCUUUUAGAGCUCAAAAAACCCCACAAGAGAAAAUUCAUGAAGAUUGGGGUGAGCCCUCCUGCCAAGCACCUGCCUGGAGGCCGAAUCCAUUUCUCUGGCUAUGACAAUGACCGGCCAGGAAAUCUGGUAUACCGCUUCUGUGAUGUCAAAGACGAGACAUAUGACCUCCUCUACCAGCAGUGUGAUGCCCAGCCUGGGGCGAGUGGGUCAGGAGUGUAUGUGAGGAUGUGGAAGAGACAGCAGCAGAAAUGGGAGCGCAAAAUUAUUGGGAUCUUUUCAGGACACCAGUGGGUGGACAUGAAUGGCUCGCCACAGGAAUUCAAUGUAGCCGUUCGCAUCACCCCCCUUAAAUACGCACAGAUUUGCUAUUGGAUUAAAGGAAACUAUGUGGAUUGUAGGGAGGGGUGAGAAGAAUGUUUCUGCCAAGCAGCACAUAAUGGUCUUCAUUGUACUUAUUUUUAGGAAAGGCCAAACUUUGUCAUUAGAGUGUCUGUGAGUGUAUGUGUGUGUGUGUGCACGUGUGCUUGUGUUUGCACAUGUGAGUGUGUGUGUACGUGGGUGUGGCUAUGUGAUAUCUGUGUGGAUAUCUAUGUAUAUGUGUGCAUGUGUACAUGUGUUUGCCUAGAGUUCGUAUUGUAGUGUUUCUCUUAAAUCCCUAAAAUCACAAGAUGGCUGGCUUUACUGUUUGAAAGCUAAUUUGUGUAUUUCAUCAUGUGAGCAAUUCAAAGACAUAUCUUUGAUAGAAAUAAAGGUAUAGGGUUUUGGGGGUUUUUUUUUCAGUUCAUGUGCUAAAUUUAUCUAAGUUUUCCAAAGACUCUGGGUUUGAUCCAUCUAGACUUUCAUUGUUUAUAUUAAAUACGUAGCACAAGCAGACAUAAAUUCAUGCAAGUGUGUAUCCCACCUACAUUAUGUCAUUGGAAGCAUGUUAGGUCCAGUCCUCUAAUGGUACCAGUUCAUUCUCAGCCUCCCUAAUGAGUGCAAGGGCUAGAGGAGGAUGCAGUGAUGGCAUGUUAAACUUGAGGCAUUCUGUUUUAGUCCUUAGAGGAAUGAAAAGGCAAAAAAUAUUGUGCACAUGCCGUAUUUAUACAUACUAUCAAAUAUUAUUUAAUAAAAACUAGGAUCAUAGAAUCGUAGAUUUAGAGCUGGAAGGGGCCUCAAAGACCAUCCAAUUUUUUCCUCACCCCUCAUUUUGCAAGUGAGGGAACAUAGGCCCAAGAAGAUUGAGCAAUUUUCCCAAAGUCAUAAAGUGAAUGCUUGUCUGAGGCAAGAUUUGAACCCAAGUCCUCCCUCAGACUUCUCUUUAGUUUAGAACUGGUUCCUUUUCACCUACCAUAGCAGCAUAGUAUAUGGCAUUUCUCGUCUUCCUGUUACUCCAGAGCAGGCAAAGGUGUAUUUGUACCACUUCAUUCCGUUCUUGCCACUUAACUGUAUUUUAACUAGAGCAGUGCCUCAGUGGCAAUGGGCCUAGCGUAUGUAGCCUAAGCUACCAUUGGUUCCCAGUUGUUAGUCAGUAAGCACAAGAAGUAAUUCCUGACUCUUUCCCUCUAUAAUCUCCUUCCCCAAAAAGAUUACUAUCCAGAACUACCGUCGAAUCAUUUGAAGUUAAUUAAAUACCAAGAAACAAUAGGAGCGGUGCUAGACAGACAUUGUAGCCAAAAUAAUGCCUUAUUUGGGGAUGGGCAUAUGGACUCACUGAACAGAAAUUAUCCUUCUUAGAUAAAUUUCUGUGCUUCACAGGGAUUGUAUUUGCUUAACUUGUCCCACACGUUCUUUAUUUCCUGACCUUUAUGGUGAAAACUUUUGGAUGGUACAUCAGGAAAGUACACACAGUAGGACUUUUAAUCCAGUUCUAAAAGAGUCUCUUUUAUCAAGGUGCCCUGGGACAUGGACCAUAUAGAUAAUUUUUUUUUAAGUGAGGGAAUCCAAGGUAGAUCAGGUUAAUGCAAUAACUAAUGCUUUAAGAUAUAAUUAACCACUAUAUGUAAUUGAGAGACUUUGAUUUCUAUUUUCUAUUUACAUUUUUUGGCUGUCAGCUGCCACAGCUACCACCCGAGCAUUUCAUGAAUAUAUGGCAGUGAAGAAAGAAAAAGCUAAGGAGUUAAAUAUUGAUAGUCCUUCUACUUGCCCCUCAGGAUGUCAUUCCAAUGGGUUUUAUUGUUAUUUGUGAGCACAUUCAAAUACAUCACUGUUGUUACA